UUUGACCUUUUAUUGUUGUUGCCGCAUGUGAUCAAUCUCAGUGCAGUAAAAGAUCGCAUGAUGCCUGCAGUUUGGCUUGGGUCGUGUUACAGAUGGUAAAAUUACCGUGACUAAGGAAAGGUUAAUUCAUGACUUGGGUGAGUAACAAAGUAUUAAGCGUUUCAUGUCAGUAGACGUUACAACCUCAGGCUUAAAACAGCCUGAAAUAGCUAAGUUUAGUGGAGAUCUGUUUGAAGUCUAUCAAAACUAUUUUCUUAUCAACUACAUUAAUGCUCAAUAAUCACUUAGUUAAUAGAAGCACAAAUAUUCAUUAUACACACAGCAAAGCUUUUUUUAAAUUACUGACGUGAGACUUUGAUAAUUUUGUUAUUAAUAGAGGAGACAUUUUAGAUUUAGAAAUGCACUGAAGUCCAGACAUUCUCCUAAAAUUGUCUGGAUGGGCUGUGAUAAGAAAUUACUGUGGAAUUCAUAUGUCACCGCCUGCCUCCUGUAUGCUCUAUCCAGUUGCCACCCCUCACCCGAAGGUUAUGGACAUUUUGUGAAUGUCUCAGACCUGGACGAUCUCUUUCUGCAUUCUUUUUAUGUGAAAGGCAACCUCCUGAAAAUGUCCUGAAAAUAGGGUCCGGGCAUUUUCAUGUCUGAAAAAAGUAACUGAUAGCUGUUGCCAGUAUCUAUGCAAGAUUUUAGCAACUUUUGUUACAUUUCUCUGCUUGUUUUACUCAUCAAGUCUGGAUUAUUUCACAUGCUGCUCUAACAGCUUUGACAUGUUCACAGUUUUAGUACAAUAGAGCUUUGCAAAUAUCAGGUAAGCCAAAGUUAUCUAAGUAAACAUGCUGAAACAUGCUGACUUUUAACUGUACUUGCAUCAUACACCAGUUCAUUUAAUCAAUAUUUACUCUGGGCCAAGGGUUUCAGUUGUAAAUUGUUCCAAAUCAUGCCAUGGUUCAGACACGGGUGAAGAGGGUUGUGCAAAAAAAGUUGAAAUCUUCUUGGCAAGCACGGUGUGCACAGGGAAGGGCUUGUGUGACGCAGAUUCGUUGGAAACCUUGCCAAGAUAAUUGAGGGUUAUGUAUCAUGUUUCAUGUAGUACAAAAAAAUCCUUGAACAUUUUGUGUCAAAGCUGCAAGCAAGAACAUUUUCAGCUCAACUGAUGCUAUUUUUAAGAUCCAUUUUUAGUUUGCAUGAUCUUACCAUGAAGACAACCCCAGGAUUAUAUUACAGUUUUUGAAGUAUACAAGUAAAUAUUGGCAUCAAAGUUUUGUGUUGACAGAGAGUAAUGCAGCUAACAUGUUUGCUGAAUGUCUGGUGUAAAAACACUCCGAAAUGAAUAUGAUAAAUUUCUUUGUAAGCGCAGAACAGUCACAGCAAUAAGCUGUGAUUGGUAAAUGCUACCAGCUCCUGCUGAUUCAGAUAAUGCACGCCUGCUGAGUGGAGGCAUUCCACACAGCUACUCAGUUCAAAUGCUUCAAACCUGCCUCAAUGAAAGGAUAUAAGCAGUUGUUUAGAGAACAUGCCAAUCAAGGCUUAGAGUCUUGUUUUGAUAUGUUAAUUAGAGCUAAUGUGAAGCUGUGCGGAUAUAUUAAAAGGCUUUUGACUAAAGACUGAAGGAGGAACUGAAGAAUUCUCAGCAUUCUGACCUAAUCUUCAUUUUGACAUGCUCUUCUUUAAACAUCAUGAGAAAAUACUUUGACACAAAAGACAGAAAACCAGGCUUAUUCAUCACCUCUGUUGUUUUGUGAAUAAGAACCUUUCCUGCGAUGCUGAUAUAGUUUCUUGAGUAAAGUUAUUUUAUGUUGUUGUAGAUUGCUUUUUUUUUUGUGUCAGUUUCUGAUGGAGUACUUGUCGUAGCUGCAUGUUGUCUUGCCGGCUCUCCUCCCCAAACAGCUGCUUAUAUGAGGCAGGUUUACCGCAUUUGAAUGGACCCUCUGGAAUUCCUGCAGUCAGCAGGUUUACUUCAAAAGCACCAGGGGUGGUGGCACUGGCUGCCCAUCUGUACCUCCAUGAUUGAGAUCUUGUUGUUCAGAUACAUGGUGAAAUCCUCUUUGUGGGCUGCAUUUAUGACACACAGGAAACUGAAUGUGGCAGUUAACAGUUUUGGGUUUUGUUCUAAAAAUGUUUUUGCCCGAACAUGAGGCCAACCUCCAAACAGCUCAAAUGAAAAGGCUUUUUUAAAGCAGUUGGUGUUAAAUUAGGACCAUUUAGGAUCAUUGUAGUUGCAGCAGAAUAUCAAUGUGUAGAUUUCAUACAAACUCAGUUGUACCACAGAGAGUUUUAUGUGCCAAGUUGGAUUCACUACUUUAGGAGCCUUGUUUGUGAUUAAAUCAGGAAAGCGUACUAGUCUGCUUGUAUUUUUAAAACUAAAUGGCUUAUACAAUUGAUGUGCUGCAAAUAGCCCACGACUCCAUGCAAGUAAACAGAGAGAGAGAGGAAGAGAUAAGAAUGACAAUGUGGCUGCUGUGUUUUUAUACAAAGUGUUAAAUUAAAAUUAUUCAAAACAGCACAGCAUUUCCAUAGUUAUCAACCUUGAUCAUAAAGACAAGCUACGCAUUUCAGAGUGUCACAAUAACGUGAUUGUAAACUGACUCAAAGGGAGUUUCCCAAGUUUGAACAUGUUAUGUCAGGACUUUUUUUCAGGAUAGCUUUUUUUCACUUCACGGAAAUGUCACCACAAUAAAUCGGACUCUAUAAAGAUUACAAAAAUAGCUGGCAGAAUCGUAAUACAAUAGGCUUAGGCGUCUUUUAAUACAAUAAUAAAUCUUUACUACUUAAUUCUUAGUUUCAAUUAAGUUGAGCUAAAAACUAAAAUGAAGUCCUGGGGUGAAAAGUGUAAAGCAAACAUUCAUACUAAGAUAUACCAAGACAUUUUGGAAAACUAUAGGAUAAGAAGAAAUUAUAACUUUACAGAGUUUAAAGAAGUUAACAUAUCCAAAACAUGUUUCCAGAAGGAGAUAAAAGAGGGCAAAUCAUUGUCGAGGACAGAGAACUGGUCAUAGGAGCUGAAACAAUUGAUUAGUCGUCUAAUUUGAUCAUUAAGGAAGGUCUUUUUUAUUUUUAUUUUUUAACUAUUCACUUUCAAACUUCCAUUUCCAAAUAAUAUCCCAGAGUGGAGGUUAGGAUCCGACUGAUCUGUGAAGUAAUCGGUCCGUUGUCUCUAAAUAUAUAAAUACUGCGGUGACACUCAAGCGUAAUGCUGCGUGAUGGAUGCACUGACACUGAUAGAGGAGAGCGUGAAUGGAAGAAUGGGGAAGAAAUGACUGUUCAGUUUGUUUUUUUUGUCCCAUGAUGAUCAUGACUAAUCACCUGAUAUAGAUUAUUUAUAUCUGUGAUCUUCGAUCUUUGUGCUGACUUGAGUCCAGUAUCACACAGACUGACCUGACGGGACCGAACCGUCCCUGUACAAACACAAGUACUCACCACUCUGGAUUAUUCGCCGACAGGUCUGUGUGUGAUAUGAUUAACACUGUAUAAUAUUUACCUUUCUUUGUAAAGCCUCAUUUUGUCUUUUUAAAAAAAUAUAAUUCUGUUAAAUUGUAUAGAUUGGGGACAUCACAGCUGUCUCUGAAUUUAAUAAUCCUGCAGUUUUGGAGGAUUAAAGUUUCCUCACAUUCUAACAGUGAAGCCUUUUGAAUUUUUCUUUUUCAGGCUCGUUCUCACUCAGUGUAUUAUCCGCACCUAUUGCUCUCCACCUCCACCUCCCUCACAAACACCUCAAUGUUGGUGUCAGAAAGUUUGCUUCUUUUUAUCGCUUAAUGCAUGAUUCAUCGUAGCAACCAAUUUUUGGCUUUUGUGCACACAUACACUUUUAGUAUGAAUCCUAUGCGCUGCUUCAUAAAUGAGGCCCCUGGUGUCUCUCCCUUCUCUAUCAAGGCCACUGUUUUACUCAGUAUUUCAGUGCAGCCGUUCAGAACGACCGUAGACACGUUUCCAUCGGUCAUAAAAACUAGUUAUGAGAGAACUAAUUGCUACUACCGUCACGUGGAUGAGAAAAAACCCACAAAACAAAGUGUAGAUGCUGUGUUUGUACCAGAUUUUUUUUAAAAACCUUGCGACAUGUGAUAACACAUUUGUCAGCAUGUGUCAUCAUCAUCUGCAGCUGAUGAAAAUGUCUCCGGUUUGUUACAACCCACACGCCGGAAACCGAGCGCUGUCUCUUUAACAGGCUGCACUGCUGCUUGGCCCUGUGCUCAGGGCAUAGUGGGGGAGGGAGGGAGGUUGUUGACGGAAUGAUGGGCUCUGAUUGGCUGGGCUUUACCGAGGGCAGUGACAUCACACCGGAGGAGAGGCCCUGUGGUGUAAAAUAACAUCUCCUUUUAUGGGACGAGGCAGACUGUUCCAUUCUCAGAGAGAGGGUUGAUUUUAUUCCUCUUAACUCCCUCAGUGCUGCUUUCCUCCCUAAUGCAUAUUCUCCCUGGCAUUUGGCUUCAUAGUUGUUUUGUAAAUUAAUACCAAGAUCUUUCUUUUCUUUAGAGUUAAUCCUGUUUUUAAACCUCCUUAUCUCACCAGCUUAAUUUUGAGUUCAAGUUAUAGCUGUGAAAAACUACCUCCAAAACUUUUUUUCUCAUUAUAUCUCUUUGAUUUAUUACUUUAUUUUACACAUGGUUGUAUUUUGUCAAACAGAGACAGAGUGCAGUAACUACAGACACAGUGAGGUGAAAAAGAAAUGUUUUUGCACAGCAAACUUUAAAAAAAGAUAGAAUGGUUAAAAUGCAUAAUUUUAUGCGUUUUAGGAUGAUUAUCUUACUUUUUAAAAAUGUAAUCCCAACAGAACCGUUCUGUCAAUGUUCUUUCCAGCCUGCUGUCUCUUCCUCUUACUUUCACUCACUGCAUUAGUUCACCACACACUCACUCUGCUUUCUGAACAAUCUUUAACUUCAGAACACCACACGGACACGAAACAAAAGCUGUGGCUGCCUCUCGACUUCACCUCGCAUGUGACAACCCCCGCUGCUUGCUGAUGUGGUAUCUCCCGAGAGCGAGCAGUCACCUCCCUCUCACUAAGUCAGAUUUCUCCCCACUCCAAGGAAAUGCACUGUACCAUCGAGUGGAGUAAAGAAUCUGUAUUUAACACUCUUCAAGAUGGACGCCCACAGAUACAUUUAGAAAGAGGCCAGGUUGUCUUCACUGAAGGAGGUUGGCGUAGACAUUUAGGCUGACAAUUCAUGACGAGAGUACUUCUGAAUCCCUGGGAGAUCCUCUGAGCCCUCCUCCCCUCCUCCUUCCAAUGUUUCAGUGGUUGGGGCCAUGGCCUCUCAGUCAGGCAACAUGAACCGUGAGGACCGGAAUGUGCUCCGAAUGAAAGAAAGAGAAAGGAGAAAUCAAGAAAUCCAGCAGGGAGGAGGAGAGGCUUUUCCAGCAAAUUCCCCUCUCUUCCCCGAACCCUACAAAGUGUCCAGCAAGGAAGAUAAACUGUCCAGCCGUAUUCAGAGCAUGCUGGGCAAUUACGACGAGAUGAAAGAACCGAUUGGUGACACACUUCCAAAGCUUAGCAGUAAACCUUCAAACAGCUCAUCUUCCUCCGAGGAGAAGUCAGGCCCACCUUUGUUUGGGGACCAGCGUGGCGUCGGCAGCGGUGGCAGCAGCCAGACCAAUAAGUGGACUCCUGUUGGUCCAGCAGGUGGAUCUUCAUCCCAGUCCCAGAAACGCUCAGGACUCCAGGGUGGGCACGGCAGCCAGAGAAACAACGGAGGCAGUAGCAGCAGCAGUAGCCAAAGACACGGAGGAGAGGUGCGUGAAAAGAAAUCAAGUAAACACAGCGGAGGAUCAGAGCACUCAAAGUCACACACGUCAAGUCCCGCCAAGGGCUCUCUGAGCUCCUCCAGCAGCAACAGCCACUCACGGAGCACCUUGUCCACCGAGCAGCACCACAGCAAGGAGCGCUACCGCUCUAAGUCCCCGCGAGACAGAGAGGCCAACUGGGACUCGCCCUCACGGGUUCACACCUCCUUCACUAGUGGACAGCACUCGAGUCAGGCCUUUCCCCCGUCUCUCAUGUCCAAGCCCGGCUCCAUGCUGCAGAAGCCCACGGCCUAUGUGCGGCCUAUGGACGGCCAGGAAACGGCAGAGCCCAAGAGCUCGCAAGCGGAAAGCUACAGCGGUCAGUCGCACAGCAGCACCAUGGGAGAGAUGAAGUCCAACGGCAAGGCCUCGCUUUCCAAACUCAAGAUGCCCUCACAGCCUGUAGAGGGCUCCGGUGAUGCCAACUGUGUCGAUGAGAUUCUGAAGGAAAUGACUCAGUCGUGGCCCCCUCCGCUGACGGCCAUUCACACCCCCUGCAAAACAGAGCCCUCCAAGUUUCCAUUCCCUACCAAGGACUCACACCCUUUUCCUGGUGGACACAAACGAGGCAGUUCUUCCAAGAGCUCCAGCAGUCACCAGUCCAAAACUUGCGAUGAACAGCCAACUAUGCUCGAAGAUGACCUGAAGCUGAGCAGCAGCGAAGAUAGUGAUGUAGAACAGGACUCUGCCAAGAAUGCCUCAAGGAACACAUCAGCAAGCAAUAACAGUGAAGGAGCGGAGCAGUCGAGGGAUGACUCCAGCAGCCACAGCGGCUCGGAAAGCAGCUCGGGCUCAGACAGCGAGAGCGAAAGCAGCACGACGGACAGCGAGGCCAACGAGCCCCCGCGGCCUGCCUCUCCUGAACCUGAACAACCCAUGGCCAACAAGUGGCAGCUGGACAACUGGUUCAAGAAGGCCAAGCAGUUCUCCCCAGCUUCUCCAGUGGACAACAAUAGUGUUCCAACCAAGUGCAAGAAAGAGGGCAGAGAUAACGGCUCAGGACGCGGCUAUGGUAGCCAGGGAGCGGGGUCUAAAGACUCAGCUACACCCACCCCAAGUAGAGACUUACGGGCAGCACAAAAGGGCGCGGAGGGUGGCCGUGGCCGGCAAAAAUCCCCCGCCCAGAGUGAGGGUGGCACGAAUCCGCGAAUCCGUGUAGGUAAAAAACAGCCCAAAAAAUCUGAGAAGCCUCCAGUGGUGGAGGAACCCAAGGGAGGUCUGAGAGUGGAGAGUGAGCCCGCCCCAGAGAUUCCUCCCCAUCGGCCCAAAGCUGCUACAAAGGGUUCCCGCAAACCAAGUAUCAAAAAAGAACCCAAGUCCUCACCGAGGCCCACCGCUGCUGCUGUCACCAGCACUGUGGACAAACGCAAGCCGAAGGCAGCCACCAAGACUUCCCAGAAGUCUCGUGAGUUUGUUGAUACGGACUCUUCGUCGUCCGACUCUGAGGGGAACGAGAGCAUCCCGUCAUCGUCGCAGACGCCCAAGUACACAGACAGCAUCAGGACCCCAGUGUGUGUGUUUUCUCCAAUGGAAGAAAAAGAGCUGUUGUCUCCACUGAGUGACCCUGAGGAGCGAUAUCCUGCGAGGCCGCCUCAGCAGCAGGUUCUACUCGUGAAGAUAGAUCUCACUUUGCUGUCGAGGAUCCCAGGGCGGCCCUACAAGGAUCCCGCAGAGAUAAAAGUGGAGCGGGACGACUCUCUAGACAGGGACAGCAAAGACUUCAGUAAGCAGAGCUCUGAGAAGAGCUCGAGCAAGGCCAAGAGGAAACACAAGAACGACGAAGAAGGCGCCAAGACGGAGAGCAAGCGAUGCAAGCUAGAGGAGAAGUCUCUAUCCCAUCAUAAAAACAGCAGUAAAGAGUCGAAGAGGUCUUUGGAGAAGAAAGAGGAGCCAGCCCCCUCUCCAUCCAUGUCAGGUCUGCAGCGGACGCCCAAAGCAGAGCAUCCGAGUCGGAAGAGGACGGUCAGCCAGUCCUCCACCUCUUUGUCUAGUGGGACAGGAAGUGGAAAGGAGGGGGGCCACAGCACGAAGGGCAACUCCACCUCCAAGCACAGAAAAGGGGAGGACAAGGGACGCAGCACACGCGAUGGCAAGGAGAAAUCCUCAAAGGGCUGUGAUAACCAGCUGGCUGUGCCUCCGCUCUCCACAGACGGCUCCAAGUCUCAGAGAUCCAAGCUGGUGUUUGAGGACAGGGUCCAUUCAGCAGAUCACUACUUACAAGAAGCUAAGAAACUUAAACACAAUGCAGAUGCUCUGUUGGACCGUUUCGAGAAGGCAGUUUACUACCUGGACGCCGUGGUGUCUUUCGUUGAAUGUGGUAACGCUUUGGAGAAGAGUGCCCAAGAGUCCAAGUCUCCCUUCCCCAUGUAUGCUGAAACUGUGGAGCUUAUCAAAUACACUAUGAAGUUAAAAAGCUAUAUGGCCCCAGAUGCUACUUCAGCAGACCGGAGGCUAGCUGUGCUUUGCUUACGAUGCCAGUCCCUCCUGUACCUGCGGUUAUUCAAGCUGAGGAAAGACAGUGCACUCAAAUACUCCAAAACACUCACAGAGCACUUAAAGAACUCUCUGAGUAACACCCAGGCUCCCUCUCCUGGAAUGGGAAAUAAGGCAGCGGGUAUGCCCUCUCCAGUGUCUCCCAAACUGUCCCCGGGCACGGCCGGCGGCUACUCGUCAGUCAGCAGCAGUAGCAGCGCCAGCUCGUCUGUGACCAUACCUCAGCGUAUCCACCAGAUGGCCGCCAGCUACGUUCAGGUCACCUCCAACUUCCUGUACGCCACUGAGGUCUGGGACCAGGCUGAGCAACUUUCUAAGGAGCAGAAAGGUGAACUUAAAAAAAUAGACUUUUUCCUGGAGUUGGACAAGGUGAUGGGUCCUCUUAUCUUCAACACCAGCAGCAUGACAGAACUGGUGCGUUACACACGGCAGGGCCUCCACUGGCUGCGCCUGGACGCAAAGGCUAUUCCCCAGUGAGGACUCGCUCCCUGCUCGCUGCUUCCAGACACACCCACCACCUCAGCCUCUUGUGCUCAGCAGCGUGUGCUCAAAGGCACAUGCAUACCCUCAACAACAUACAUACAAACAACUAUGAACUGUAUGCGCACACACACACACACACACACACACACACACACACACAGUCCACCUCUGGUCCUCCAUGUACACACACAGGUGAAGAACUUCUCAGACAUAUCUCCAACACUGUGUCCAUUUUCUACACCAGCUUGCCAAAAACACUGAGCAAUUUAGAAACAUCUCACACCUUCGACGGCACCGCACAGGGAGAAGCAUCAAAAACUGCAACACGGGGAAAAAUACGAGCUUAUCGCCAUACGUCAUAUAUCGGCAUUCUUACAAAACCUUUGAAGUGUUUUUAUCUCUUCGGCAUGGAAGUGCUAGACAAAUUAUUUAUUAUCAAUACACUAAAAAUGGGGUUUUGGUUUUUAGGCUACUUUGGCUUUUUCUUUUACUUUGUUUCACCAAAGUACCUCCCAUGAACACCAAAGGUGCUUUAAAAUGAAGGUUUCUCUUUAUCAUUUUUGUGCCUUGUAUGUGAGCUACAGGAAAACAAAUGGUCACUCGUCAUACCUGAAUAAAUUAUUUUUUAAUUUCCCUUUUUAUUUUUUGCUGUAGCCACAGUUGUCAUGUUAUGUAUUUUAAACUUUUAACUAUCAAGGGAAGCUGGCAACAUUAACGUUUUUAAUUGAGCCGUUUUAAGUGAAGUCCUGGUAACAUAUUAAUCAAGCUGCCAUUUUGAUUGAACUUCCCAUCAAAUCCCAAUGGUUAAUCAGAUCAUGCCCACAAGGUUAAAGGACUUUAGGAAGGGCUACUGCAGCAGAUUAAUACUUCUGACACAAACAUACACAAGUGAAUGUGGUGUCAUUUUAUAUUUCAGAACCAUGAAUUAAUUUUUGCCCCGACUGAAUCCCUUUGGUCCAGUUGGCUGUAAGGAGCAACCUGGCCUCUAGGGGCUGCUAGUGGGGCUUUUAGACACUAGGCCUUAAUAAAAUUGAACAUGUUAACACUCUAUACAAGAGAUUUUCUGCUUCUUUGAAGCGCAACCAUACAAGUAUCUUCCCUUGACAUGUUUUUUUUUAACCCUUGUAGCAACUUUUGUCCACCAAGCAGUUUCCUUGAGGAACAGUCACUUCCAGUCAGUGUUAUUUUUUUCUUUUUGAUCCCCUUGUUUGCUCAGAGUGCAUUUUUCUAAGGAACAGCAGGGAGUGUCUAAGUAUUGAAGAUCGUAUCCAGUUAUUUAUACAAUGCAGUUAGUCACAUCCUAGUUUCUAAAACCUGGGAACGUGUGAACACUAAUUCGGCACAAGGAAAGCAAAUGAAUCGGAAAUGAAAUGUGCUCUUUAGAGAGGCAAACAUAUUAGUGAUGCAGAUUAGCAGUGUUGCAUUUAUUGAACAAAGAGUUUUAAAUCUACGAUUAUAUAUUUCAAAUAAGAAGUAUAACGGCCAAAAUAGAUUUUAUUUAUAUACCAAGCAGUUUUUUUUUCUUCUGCCAGAGCAGAAGUCUGAUGUUUCAAAUGCAUACGUUUAAACAGGGUUGAGCAGGGGUUAUAAGAUGCAAUGUAUUGUAUAUGUAAUAGUCGCUAUUUAAAUUCUAAAAACCUUAAUCAUGCCUGUAUUACAAGACCGUAGAUGAGAAAUGCCAGUUGUUGUUGACGUUGUUCAGCAGGUGGGGGAGACACAGCAGAGUAACUGUGAGUGCCCACUGUCCAGAUAAGAACAUUUCUGUUAUUUAAAAUUCUGGAUGAAUGAAGACAUUUUGGUGUUUGAUGGUCAGUGACACAAAGGACUGUCAGAUUAUUUUUGAUCCCACUUCCUACAGAAACAUGCUGGAAAUAUUAAAGCCUGGACCAAGUAGUAUUCUUGGAAACUAUUAAUGGCUGAUUUUGUUGUAGACGAUUAAGGACAAGACAGUUAAAGAGUGAUCGUCCUUAACUCUCUUGCACUUUUCUUCUAUUUUAAAACAUAUUUGGUGUUUAGUUUUUUUUUUAUUCGUUUUUUUUAUUUUUAUUGACACCAUAGUUUUCAUCUCAGCAAAACAAAAUCUUAAGCAUCACUCUGUGGCCCAGGUUUCACCUUUUUUCCAUUGUUGCGUUUUUUGUAUUUUCUUUCCUUCACCGGCUCCCUGGCCUUUAUUGUUGGAGGGGAUACUGUUAUUUCCUCUUGCACUUGAAAAGGAGAAAGUCAGAGGAGGUAUUAUUUUAAUCUAUGCAGGAUUUUUACAAAAAAUUGUCUUGUUUCUGUGGAAAAAAACUAAUUUUUAGGCUUGGGAUUUUUUUCCCCCCACUUCUCUCUUUUUUUCCGCCUCAGUGAGAAACCUGUUAAACUCAAGUGUCCAAUGCCUUUAGCUUUUGCAAUUUUGUGUACUGGUUUAGUAUAUAUGUAUAUAGAUCUGUUUUUAUAACCAAACACCAAUGGCUUGAGCCAUUUUGUACUAAAAGCUGGAGGCCACUUUUCUCAUAGGAAUUCCUCUGUGGGUUUUGCCAGCCCCGUCAAUGUCUUCAUACACUGGUACACUUUGUAAGUACAGGUCCGCGCCUCUUAUAGUCAAUUGUACAAAUUUAGCAUUAGAAUUAUUUUUAACUGUUUGCUACUCACACUUAUUUAUUUUUCUGCCCCUUUGCUUAAUGUUUUUUUUUUUUUCUAUUUUUGCCUUUUUUAAGGACUACCAUUUUAUGAAAUAGGAAGAUGUAAAUGUAUUGGGGUUGUUGAUGAUGAGAUUUCCUUGUAAGUAGUAAUUAAUAUUAAUUCUAACUUUAAAGAAUCCAGGGUAAGAUGAGUUUUUUUUUUUUGACAUUCAGUAGGAAGAUGUUAACACUUGCAUGUUUCUAUUUAAAUACAAAUGUAUAAAUUGUAAAUAUAACAUUUCUUUAAGGGUGAAUUUCUACUACAGGUUGACAUUUUUAUUAAAUUUAAAAAUCCUGUAAAUACAUUUUGUGAGAUACUUUACGCACAUGUUAUUUUUUUUUUUUUUUCUUUCUCUCUGUGGGCUUUUCUGUUCUCUUCUUCCAAGUUGUUUCAGACGACAUCCCAGUCUCUUAAUGCUGUUUAUCAAUUUGAUUUCUCGUCCUUUUUUUUUUUCCUUACUGUGCUCGUACACCUGUCUUCUGCUUCACUGUCUCUCAGUAUCACGUAACACCACAUAAUCAUUAUCGUCUCUAGAUCCAAGUGCGAAUAUUUUGUCUUCUCUGUAUUUGAUAUGGAGGCGUGUACUUUUCAUGAAAUGUAUAUUGUCGCUCUCACGGGACGGAUGGUUGGCGUGUACAGUCUGUCGUGUCUGUUUCUUCCUCACGAGAGAUGUAUUUACUACGUGUCCCUUUUGAACAAUUGGUCCAACAUGUCUUUUUGAAACAGAGGUAUUUCUCUACACAUCGAAACAGUUGUAGCAGUUUAUACAAUAUGUUGUAUGACGCCAUUGUUUUUCUAAAAGUCCUCUCCAAGGUGAGACCUGCAGCAUACACUAUGUACAAUAGUCAAAAUUCGAUUAGUUUUAAGAAAAAGUGACGAUAGAGAUACUAUAUAUGAUCGAUGCAAUAUGAUUAAAGGUACUCAUUGAGUUUGAUCUUCAAACUUAGGUUAUGUAAUUUAAAAGCAUUCUUGUGAAGUGAGUAUUAAUUGUGACUAAUGAGAGUCUGUCCUGAAUAUUCUUUGUAUUUUGCCGUAUUGAGAAUAAAAUAUAUAUGGAUAUGUUUAA